AUGGCGCGCGCGUUCCCCAGCGCAUGCGCAUACCAGUUCUUAUCGCCGAAGCCCUCCACCCACUUCAAGGCCACCACACUAGCAGCUCAAACUUCACGUUCAUACAGUACCCCAGGGCCUCAAAUAUUUACUCGUUGGGCUACCUCUCUGCGCUCUCAGACUGCACUCCUACGACAACCCCGAGAGCAAUCACAUCUCUCAUUCCAUACACCUUCCCCGAGCGACCGGCGCACUUUCUUCUCAAGCCAUAGAUCCCCCUACCAACAGAGGCAGAACCAAUACAACCGAUUCCGAGGCGGCGCCCGCAAACCUCUCAUCUUCCGCUUAAUACAGAAUGCAAAACCGCACCACUUUGUUGCGAUUGGCGUGGGGAUAUCCGGACUUUAUCUAUACAACACGGAGAUAGUGGAGAUGACCGGUCGACGGCGGUUCAACUGUGUCUCUCGUCACCAGGAACUAAACAUGGGCCAAGAGAGUUACCGCGAGGUCCUCAUUGCCGAGCGUGGGAAGAUUCUGCCCAGUAACCAUCCUCUCACUCGCAUGGUGGAUGGUGUGCUGCAGCGGUUGAUCCCGCAGGUGGAUAUUGAGGGCGCUGAUUGGAAGGUUCAUGUCAUCAAGGAUGAUGAAAUGGUCAAUGCUUUUGUGCUUCCUGGGGGGAAAGUAUUCGUCUACACGGGCAUCUUGCCCAUUUGCAAAGAUGAGGAUGGCUUGGCUGCUGUACUGGGACAUGAGAUUGCUCAUGUCGUGGCUCAUCAUCCUGCAGAGCGUAUGAGCAACAGUUUCAUUACCCUGGGAGCCGUGUUCGCUAUCUCUUUCUUGUUCGAUGUCUCCGGGCAGUUUACUUCUUUCCUUUUGAAUCUCAUGUAUAGCUUGCCGAACUCGCGGACGCAAGAGGCUGAAGCAGACAAUAUCGGACUAAUGAUGAUGUCCAAAGCCUGUUUUAACCCUGAGGCUGCCGUCAAACUAUGGGCUCGCAUGCAUGAACAGGAGAAACAGGCCCCUCCACAGUUCAUGUCCACUCACCCAUCGAGCUACAACCGAAUGGAAGCCAUUCAAGGAUGGCUCGACAAGGCCGAAGCGACGUACGAGGAGAGUGGGUGCAGCUCUAUUAAAGGAUACAUGCCUGGUUUCCGAACUGCUUAUAAUUCGCAUACCACGCCAAGCAACUGGGCAACUGGCUCCCCCUCGUGCAAACCGAGCAAACCCACCACCGCAGCUCCAAAAAUUGCCCGGCACAGCAGCUCCAUCCACUCCCUCACAUUCAACCCAUUUGAUAUCCAGUCGCAUCUCCUUCGGACGCGACCUAAUAUCAUGUCGCUAUCAAUUCCAGGUCCCUCCCAAGCGGGGCUUUUCAAGCCCGGGUACCAGAGCCACGAUGCCGAAGAUGGAGCCGUUAUCCGUAACAUCGAAGCCUGCCAGGCUAUCUCAGGAACCGUCCAGACCUCUCUGGGCCCCUAUGGCCGCAACAAGAUCGUCAUCAACCACCUGCAGAAGAUGAUCCUGACCUCCGACGCGGCUACGAUCCUUCGUGAGUUGGAUGUUGUUCACCCCGCUGCUAAGCUGCUUGUUAUGGCAAGUCAGCAGCAGGAUGCGGAGAUGGGCGAUGGUACCAACUUGGUUAUUGUGUUGGCCGGUGAAUUGUUGAAAAAGGCAGAGGAGUUGAUCCGUAUGGGCCUCAAGACAAGUGAUAUUGUUUCCGGAUACGAGAAGGCUCAGAACUAUGCCUUGAAGGUUCUGGAGGAGCUCGAGGUCGACAGACUCCAGGAAAUGCGAUCGGCAACAGAAUUGAGCAAGGCUCUCCGCACAGUGGUGGCUUCUAAGCAGUCCGGUACGGAAGAUGCUUUGGCUGCGUUGGUCGCGGAGGCGGUUCUGGCUGUGUUGCCCAAGAACCCGGUUAACUUCAACGUCGACAACGUGCGAGUCGUUAAGAUCAUGGGUGGUAGCUUGGAACAGUCGAAGGUGGUGAAGGGUAUGGUCUUCCCCCGGGAGCCCGAUGGAACUAUCAAGAAGGCCACCAAGGCAAAGGUCGGCGUUUUCAGCUGCCCCAUCGAUAUCAGUCAGACCGAGACCAAGGGCACAGUUCUCCUGAAGAAUGCUCAGGAGAUGAUGGACUUCACCACGGGUGAGGAGGAUCGUCUGGAGACUGCCAUUAAGGAGCUCUACGACUCUGGUUUGCGUGUGGUCGUUGCUGGCUCCACUGUUGGCGACUUGGCCAUGCACUACCUCAACCGUUUCAAUAUCCUGGUCAUUAAGAUUCUGUCUAAGUUCGAGCUCCGCCGCUUGUGCCGCGUUGUCGGCGCCACACCUCUGGCUCGCCUGGGUGCCCCUAUGCCCGAUGAGAUGGGCCAGAUCGACGUCGUCGAGACGACCGAGAUUGGCGGUGACCGAGUGACCGUCUUCCGCCAGGAGGAUGUCAACGCCAUCACCCGCACAGCAACCAUUGUCCUGCGCGGUGCCACCCAGAACCACCUGGAGGACGUCGAGCGUGCCAUCGACGACGGCGUCAACGUCGUCAAGGCUAUCACCAAGGACCCCCGUCUGGUGCCCGGUGCCGGUGCCACGGAGAUCGAGCUCGUCGAACGGAUCUCCAAAUUCGCCGACCGAACACCCGGUCUGCCCCAGUACGCCAUCCGCAAGUUUGCCGAGGCCUUCGAGGUCGUCCCCCGCACACUCGCCGAGUCUGCCGGUCUCGAUGCCACCGAGGUUCUCUCGCGUCUGUAUACCGCACACCACCGCGCCACUGCUCCGGGCGAGUCAUCUUCCGAGGAGGAGGGCAGCUCGUCUGAAGAGGAGGAACCAUACUGGACUACGGGGGUGGACCUUGAGAUUGGCGACUCCGACGGCACUCUGGACACUGUCGAGGAGGGUAUUCUAGAUCUUAUGGCUACGAAGAUGUCUGCCAUCCGUCUGGCCAGUGAGUCUGCCCGGACGGUACUGAGCGUCGACCAGAUCAUUGUCUCGAGACAGGCAGGAGGACCCAAGCCUCCGCAGGGUGGAGGUGAUUGGGACCAGGACUAA